AUGAACUGGGCCCACACAGAUGAUGCCUUAACAGAAGGUACAGCUCAAAAAUGGUUUGUCAAAAUUGGUUUUAGAGAUACGACUCUCGAAGAUGCACUCCGCAGCGGUCAACCUAUCGAGGGUAAUUCGAGUGAUAUCGAGGCUUUAAUCGAACAAGACCGAUCGCUACAGGUACGAGAAAAUGCGGAGACACUGAAAAUAGACUUUGUAACCGUUCAAAGGUAUUUAAAACAGUUUAGCUACGUGAAUGAGGGAAACCUGGCCAACCGAUUAUCAAUCUGCCAUUUUCUUCUGAACCGGCACGAAAUGGAUCCAUUCUCAAUCGAAUAG